UCUGGUAGGUGACUGCUCUCACCAGCAGCACAGAUCCCUCUGACACGGGCCUACAUGCUGCUCGGACUAGCGCUGGGUCCCGCGCACUUGGUUGUAUGUUGGACUUGGUGGAUUUGACCGGUGCCUUUCACUCGAGCCGUGAAGCUUGUGCAGAUAUUUAAUUCUCUCACGAUGUUUUUAAAAGAUGCGGCACCUGUUUGCGAAUGUUGCAGAAAACGGGUAGAGGACUGCUUGCCUUGCUGUUGAUAGUGUUGGAGUGGACCCGGCCAGGCCUACCGUCCCCACUGAGGCCAAUCUGUGACCUGAGGGUCCUGAACCAUUUCAUUAAGGAAGCGCGAGACGCAGAAGUCGCUACGAAGUCAUGUAGAGAAGGAUGUAGCCUGUCAGACUCUGUCACUGUUCCAAAAACCACAGUCGACUUUGAUGUCUGGGAGAAAAAAAAUGCCUUGGAGCAAGCCCAGGAGGUGCAGUCCGGCUUAUGGCUUUUACAACAGGCCCUCAGCUUGCUACGGACCUCGGUCACCAACGCAGCACUGCACGGCCACAUAGAUAACUCCAUUAGAAACCUGCUCAGCAUCAAUGCUGUGCUGCGUAGUCUCAACAUCCAGGAAUAUACCCCACCAGCAAGUGCAGCAGGGCUUGAGGGAACAUGGAGGGUGUCCUCGGCAACGGAUUUGCUUCAAGUCCACGUCAAUUUCUUGCGAGGCAAAGUGCACCUCCUCCUUUUGGAUGCACAGGCUUGUCAGCAAGAUGUCAGCUGAUCAGCUGAUCUGCCUACUCCAGGCGAAGCUAAUUUGUGUUUCCAAAGGCAAGGGGAGGAACUUGACACUGUUGACCUGCACCCCGGCUGGUGGAAUCGGUGUGGAUAGAAAGAUACAGCCCUCCUCGCCUAAGUGGAGGAAGCUGAAAGGAAAGGACAGUCCAAGCUAGGCUGUGGAUGGACAGGAGAUGACUGAACCUUGGAAUGUAGACGUGAUACAUUGACACGGUGAAGCACACAGUGACCAAAAUGAGGCCUUUGGGAAGCACUGCUCCAAUAGCUGUUCUACUGGCGCUCUCUUGCACUUUGUCUGUGGAUGUACUUUGGUGUGUGUGAGUUAAGACUGCAAGUUCAGAUCUGCACGUAGUGUGCAUGUGUUUGUUUCCAGUGAGUUUGACCCCUACACUCAUCAGUUUAGAGUGAAUUAUGGAGUGAAACACCCAGAAAAUAUUGAUUGCACCUGGAAAUUGGACAACUGUGAGGUUGCGACAGGGUAUCCAUUUCGAAUACCACUGCGAAAAGUCAAAAAUGAAUGAGGCUUCACCCCACAAGCCUUUAACAUUUUCAACUAUGCCUCACAGAAACACUAGUCUCUUCUCUUGGAUUUUUCAAUGAAUAUUUUAAUAUAUUUUUAAAAGUUGUAUAAUUACUAUUUAUACAUAUUUUCUACUUUAAAGCUGAAGUCUUUGUAUUUUUUAUUGCAAUGGCACGCUGCUGUCUUCCUUUUUAUAAAGAUUGUAUGUACCUGACUAGCUGUUAGAUUCACAUUGCAUGUUCCUUCCAAAUAACAGAACAAGAGACUAAAAAGUGGAUGCAGAGUUUCAAUCACAGUGAACAAGGGAGCAAGAGGUCAGUGAGAAGGGGGGUUAGAUGAGAACUGUGAAGCUGUUUUGUCAUUAUCUGUGUUUUUGUUGCUGCCUACCAACACUCAACCAGUAUCUACACACUGAUAGCUAGACUGCCUGGAAAAAUGCUGUUUUUCUUUUACAAUUAACAUCCCGUGAGGCUGUAAUUGCAAAUUGUUGUUUUCCAGAAUCUGACGCUAACACUGUCUCCUCCCUCACUCUAUUGUUCAUCAUCAAACGGCAGACAGGCAGUUGGUCAGUCCUGGGAACUUGAGUUUUUCUAUUAAAUGGAAGCUCAACUAUUUCAGACUAGUUAAGUGUUCUUCCUUGUUUUUUUCCGUAUUUUUAUAUCUUGUUGUGUAAGUGCAAAAUGUUUUUGAGGAUGUUUGCACGUUUUCUUUCCUGUUAUUUUUGUGUUGUUUUGUCCCAUCACUGUAUAAUUUGCUAUUUAAAUACAAAAUAUUAUUCUUGGAUAAAGAAAGAAUAUUUGGAAACACAAGAAGAUUCUGUCCAUUUCAUUCAUUACCUUUGUCUUGGUCAGGUCAUUGGAGUUAACAGUGUAGUUUAGAUGCUGAAUACAAGCUGCUAUCUCAGACCUUACUGGUCUUUGAUACACCCUGACAGAUUGUCCUGUCCUUAAUGCAGA